AUGGACUAUGACAAAGUCGAUCAUUUCCGGGACGUAAUCAAAGAUCUUAACUACUUGGCACGAUGCCAGAUCACUUCAAGUUCGGAACCCUUUCAGAUUAACAUGUUCCACCCACAUUACGAUCUUUUGAAUGUUUGCUUAUUUCUUCUCGCUCCUCGUCGUGGUCAACCAUCUGAAGCCGGAGUUUGGCCACCGAAAGAGAUCGCUGUCGACUUCAAUAGGAGAAACGGGGUAGAAAGUGGCGAAAAUGACGAUUCAGGAGCUGACUCCGAUUUCAUUGGAGACGAGGAAGAGGAAGACAAUGGGUGGAACUUUGAAGAUAAUUCUGCUACCUAUUUGAGGUCAUUUCCACCAGCUACAAAAGUUUUUCGAAUUGAAAGAAUUGAGAACGAAUGGCUAAUAUAUCUUACGAACGACAGCAUGCGGCAGAAAAGACAAGAAGCUGAAGAAUAUCUUCUCGCCAAAGUUAAUUCAUUGACUGCUCUUCCAGAAGCUUGGCUUGCGUUUGGAACUGCUUGUGCCGUUUCUCAUGAAGGAGCGAUAAAGAGAGCUGCUAUUUGUGGGAUUGAGGAACAUUCAUUGAACCUGCUACUAAUUGAUUAUGGAGUGCUUAUUGAAUCUUCCACUACUGAAGUGUUCAGUCUUCCAAAUCAUGAAUCAGUCAACAUUGAACCACAACUUACGCUUAUAUCGCUGGCCUGCUUUAACUUUAUCCAUUGUUCUCGUGUUGAAAUCCUCCACAAUUUUCUACCUCCCGGAACCCCAAUUCAUUUCGAGCGAGAGAGAAGAUCUAAAGACAUACCUACCAAAGGAGCGCUUUCUCUUUUCGAUGGGACCCCAAUAGAGAAACUUGUGAAUGAAACGAUUUCACUUCAUAAUCUGGAUUUAGAGUGUCUGGAUGUCUUGCCGUUUUCCGAAACUUCAGAAUCAAUCAAUCCACCUCUCACUGAUCGCGUUAACCUCGCCUUCAUGUACAAAUAUGGUCACUCUGUUAUUUACAAGAAGUCAAAACUUGUAACAUCGAAAUUUUAA